UAUCAUUAUUUGAUCAUAUGCCACAAGCUAUGCAGUUUGGUGCCUGGAGUCUCUCUCCGAUGGAGGAUUCUGCCGGCGGUAGCAGCGAUGAUGGGAGGAAUUGCCAAAGAGGACACUGGAGGCCUGCUGAAGAUGAGAAACUCCGGCAACUCGUCGACCAGUAUGGCCCCCACAAUUGGAAUUCCAUUGCAGAUAAGCUUGAGGGAAGAUCAGGGAAAAGUUGCAGACUAAGAUGGUUUAACCAACUUGAUCCCAGAAUUAAUCGGAAACCAUUUACGGAAGAAGAGGAAGAGAGGCUCCUUGCAGCUCAUCGGAUUCAUGGAAACAAGUGGUCUCUCAUAGCUCGCCUAUUUCCCGGUAGAACCGACAACGCUGUGAAGAAUCACUACCAUGUUAUCAUGGCAAGAAGACAUAGAGAAAGGUUGAGGCAGUGCAGUAAGAGAAGUUGCCAAGAUCAUCCUAAUGACUCCAACACAAACCCUAGUAGCUUUUUCUUGAAGUUCUCCAGGCCCCAGCUAGAGUAUAACACUAAAUUAGGGUUUCCGGAUUUCCAAAACCAUGAAAGAAACGGAAUCUUCCCAGUUUCAUUCUCAAAGUCGUUGCCUUCAUGGACACACAGUGGAUCAACGAAUAAUCCAAAUUCACUGAGGCUUGAUAAGAUUUUUGGUGCAAGUUCUUCUUCCUGUUCGAAAGAGCCAUCACACAACGGUUUAGAUCAAUCUCUUAGCUCUUACUAUUCUAACUCUUCCAGCUAUGGCAGUUACAGGAAUUUAAGUUCACUAGGGGUGCCUUACCUUGGCGAUGAUCGGGGAAUCCAUGGAGCGAUGAAGAGCAAGUUAGUGAAACUCAGUGAUAAUUCAACAACAUUUCCCAAGUUGCGAAUAAUUACUGAGCAAAAGCAAGAAGAAUCAAUCAAGAGCACGGAUGUUCCCUUCAUCGAUUUUCUUGGUGUUGGAAGCUCUUCUUAGUUAGGGGAACUCAUGAUCUUCAUGACUUAGUAGUUCUUUUGGUCAGCUGGUAUAAUCUUAGACCUUUAGCUCUUCUCAUUUUCGUAUACAUGUAGCUGCCUAUGUCCUUUAAAUUUAAGGUUGGUUAACUGGAAUUUUAGGAAUAACACCCAGAGGUGUCUCCAACAUUCCUUUGUGGUCAUACAUACAUAUAUCAUUAGAGCUGCAAUAUUAAUGUUUAAUUUAAUUACGGUUUAAUCACCAAGCUCUGUUUGUUUCUUUGUUUUAAUUCCUUCAUCUGAAGAGUAUGUAAUGACUGAGAUGCUAAAUUUUGUUCUAUGUAUGCCAGUGAUUAAUUAAGUUG